GGAAUAAUAUAACAUGGAGAAUAAAGAUGUCGAGCUUGUACUCUCUCCGAAGAUGAUGGGAAAUUCAGAAUUUGAGGAAUCUAACCAGUUUAAUUUCACCCAAAAAUACAAUCAGAUGUGUAGGAGUAAACUCGAGUCAUUUUUAUAACUGAUUGAAAUGAGCUGUAUGCUGGGUUUGAUGACCACCGCCAGUCUUUUGAAAAGCUAGUUAAGCUUGACCGAGCUCAGAAUAAAGGCAGGUUCAAGCGACACCAUAUUAAGCGAAGGACUAAUAAUCCAUCCUCAACUGAAGGAGAGGAGAGGGCUAAGAAAGUCAAGCUGUACAAUACCUUAGCAGAAUUUAUCCUUUUGGCUAAAAAUUCUCAACCAAAGAUUUUAAAAUUUAAUGGAGAUGAAGGAGCUUUGAAGCCAAAAUUUCAAAUUAAGCCUCCUCAAAAUAGAAUGCAAGAAAAAGUGAAGGGAAAGACACAAUUUGAUCGUAAGAGUGCCAAAAAGCACGAGAAUGACAAGACUAGCAGCCUUCAACCAAGCGUAUGGGGAGAAUUUGGGUCCCUAUUUUUCCAAAAUGAUCAAAACAAUGUUUCAAAGUCAAGGCUAGGCCAGCACAUUAUAGAAAUAAACCAGGAUCCCAAUACAGGCGAUGAAAGCAGUGAUAAUUUUAUAAGCAUCUCUGAAGAAGGGAAUAGUUUCUAUUGUAGCGAUAAAGGAAAUGAAGAGAGUGAAACCGAGCUGCUCAGCCCACAGGAAAGUUUCUUUAAGAUCACCUCAACUCCACUCAGUAGGAGGGCCAAAAUUUCUGGAGCUUCUUCAAAGCAGAAGAAAUAUAUUUAUAGUAACAAGACCAUUAACAAGAGUAAAGUUAACUCAUCGAUAAAGCAGACUCUAAACCGGAACAGUGAGUCACAGGCAUUCUGGAAGAGUCAUCUUCUUGAGGGUCAGCAGAUGAUGGAUUCUAAUAGACUGUGAUUCCAAGGAGAUCAGAUGUCUCAGGAUCCAUCACUGGAUACUAUCAAGAGGUCUCUGAGCCAGAUCCAUUUGAGCAAGCAGCGGAGUUCUUAUCACAAGAAGUUCUUGUCAAAGCCAAGCCUGAGUAUUUCGCGGGUCAACAGCUCAGCUUAUUACAAGAGGAAGGGAAAUUUGACGAAGAUGAAAUUGAGCAACCUGAAGAAGGAGCCUUUUGAGCUAUCGAAGUUUAACAGGAAGGAUAUCCCGAAAAAUAAGAUCUCAAAGCCUCAUACUAUCCAGCACAAAUCUACUAAAGUCCAUCCAGUAAAAUUGCACAAGAACAGGAUUCAGAAGGAAAUUGAGCGAGCCAAAGAAGCAGGCAACCAAAUCCUUGAAAAGGAAGUUCUCUAUAAGUACAAAGUUAGUGGGGCUAAGCCUGAUAAAGCUCCUAGUAAAAAGAAGCCUACUUCUGGGAAAAAUGGGAACCAAAAUUUGCUGUAUUUUAAUAAAGAGGAAGAAUAUAAUAAAAUCAUGGUUGAUUAUAAUGAUAAGGUGUCUAAUUAUCAAAAUUUUGAGCUUCCAAACGGUGCUAAGACACCACUUACGUUGAUGACUUCAACCUCCAAUGAAGUAAAAUUCCCUCAGAGAAAAGUGAAGACACCGGUCGACCCCAUUCAUAACCUCAAUAAAGAGCAGAGAGAAUGACUCAGAACUUCAGGAAGUUACUCUAAAGAUUCUUUAAGGUAUCAUCAGAAUGGGCCUUUGAUUCUGUCUAAGCUAGAGCCCUCAAGCAGGGUCGCUCAUAACACUAAUCAUUUGAAACUGAAAGAGGCCCGAUAUCCGCAAAAGGCGACUAAGUUAUCAGUCAAUAUCUGCACUGUUGAUGCUUUUACAAAAGGUUCAUAUCUGGCUGGUCAGGAUCUUGAUGGAAAGAACCUUAUGGAUUCUAAGAAUACUAGCUGACUCAGUUCACCCUACCUCAAUCAACCAAUUGAGCUGAAUAAUUUUCAGACAAAUACUGAUCAAUCUGUAAAAUUUAUGAAUAAAACAGAGACUGCUGGGUUUGGCAAGGCUAAAAUGUCUGAAGCUACAAAAGAUGAGAUUCGGAACCAGAUUUUGGAUCUUGAUCUAGUCAAACUCCCUUCGAUCAGCAAUGAGUACGCCAAUUCUUCUAAGCAACAAAUGAAGCUUGUGAAACUUGGGAAUUCCGAAGCAAGGAAAAAUGGGAUUCCUGUAUCCCAGAUAGUUCAGAACUCUUCUGAGAUUGCUAAAAAUCAAUCUAAUUCUCACUGUAGAGAUGAAUAUAAGGACUAUUUUAACCCUAUGCUCAAUAAGACCAGGGUGGAUAACCUCCCUCCGUUGCAGGAGAUGUCUGUUUUUGAGCAAAGUUUUGAAGGAAGAAGAAAGCAGACCGCUAACCAGAAGUUCCGAUCUCGAAGCAAGAAUUACCACAAUCUAGAAAGCUCUACAUACGCCAAUGGGACUAUAACUGAGAUCCAAAUGUGCAAUAACCGACUAGAAGAGAGCAAAAGUAGUACUUCGAAGCCUUAUAAAUCACCCACUCGGCAGCCCAAAGAGACCAUAACGAAUUGCACAGUCAUCCCUGGCGAGCGUAUAGAUACGAUUGGAGAUGCUUCAUUGAAAGGCAUCACCAACAUAGAGAGAUCCGGUACAAAGGUGGUAGUUAACAGUACGAAAAUCCCAAUGAAAUAUCCCUCUAAUAAUGUGAAGAACCUCAACUUGUACAAAAUGAAGAACAAGAUGCAUCCAAAAUGUAAUAUAGGAGGGUCUAUUCUUAAGAAUAGAGGAAAGCGGCUCAAGAACGGCCAGGUACCCAAACGGGAACAUCCGUCCAAAGUUAUUAACCAUAUACCUAAGAGUAAGGUAAAUAACAAGAGCAAGCGGUUUAAAGCUGUAAGACGAGAGACCAUCCGGUCAGGCUCGAAUGCCGAAAAACUCAACAGUUUUCUCUCUUCCAAAGGAACAACUAAAGGAAGAGUCGAUACUUAUUCGUACAGGAUCACAAAUUUGACCAGAGGGAAGAGCCGAGGAGGGAAUCGGCCAGGCAAGAAGAUCACUGGAAUUACCAUCCCUGAGGACACUUCAGGGAACAACUCCGCAAGGUUGUCUUCUAAAAUCCAAAACAGUGGCAUUGUAUCAGCCGGGUUUAAGAAGAAGCUUGCGGGUAGAAAUCAUACAAAAAACUCAGUGGAAUCGAAUAAGAUUCCGAAAACAAGUCAUCUGGUCAGUUCGAAAGGGAGUAAUAGACAACAUUUCAGUUAAUAUUCAAUUCUGCCAUUU